ACUCUGAACAGAUGACAAAGCUUCAAGCCAAACAUCAGGCAGAAUGUGACUUACUUGAAGACAUGAGAAUCACAAAACCACCUUGGAAAACUUUGCAUAUGAAGAGUCAACAUGACCUUUGAAACAAGGGAGGAAAUGGAAAGCAAUUGUCUGGUGCACCUUGUAUGAAAUUUGAAACUGUCAUAUCUCAAAAAUCUUUGAGGACAUUCAGUCAGAAGAAAGCUGCCAUUGAGAGAGAAUACGCGCAGGGCAUUCAGAAAUUGGCUAGUCAAUACUUAAAGAAAGAGUGGCCUGGGAUAAAAGCAGACGAGCGAAAUGAUUUUAGGAGCAUGUAUCCAGUGUGGAAAUCAUUUCUUGAAGGCACGGUGCAGGUGGCACAGUCCAGACUCAAUAUCUGUGAAAACUAUAAGAAUUUAAUUUCUGAACCUGCCAGGGCAGUGAAGUGUUUUAAAGAACAGCAGCUGAAAAAGUGUGUGGAGCAAUUGACCAGAAUCCAGGCUGAAUUACAAGAGACUGUGAAGGAUUUAGCCAAGGGCAAGAAGAAAUACUUUGAAACAGAGCAGAUGGCUCACGCUGUCCGUGAAAAGGCUGAUAUCGAGGCCAAAUCUAAGCUCAGUCUUUUUCAGUCAAGAAUAAGCUUACAGAAAGCAAGUGUAAAGUUAAAAGCACGACGCUCAGAGUGUAAUUCUAAAGCUACUCAUGCGCGGAAUGAUUACCUUCUUACCUUAGCAGCUGCAAAUGCACACCAAGACCGCUACUAUCAGACAGACUUAGUGAACAUUAUGAAGGCUCUUGACGGGAGUGUAUAUGAUCACCUUAAGGAUUAUUUAAUGGCGUUCAGCAGGACUGAAUUAGAAAUGUGUCAAGCUGUUCAAAGCACAUUCCAGUUUCUUUUGGAAACUUCCAGUCGGGUAGUGCGAGAUUACAGUUUCCAGCUGUUCUUACAAGAGAAUUCUGUGUUUCGUAAACCGCAGUCCUUCCAGUUCCAGCCAUGUGACAGUGACACUAGUCGGCAGCUGGAAUCCGAGACUGGGACGACAGAAGAGCACAGCUUGAACAAGGAAGCUCGGAAAUGGGCUACGCGUGUGGCACGGGAGCACAAAAACAUUAUUCACAGUCAACGGACUCUGGAGGAAUUGGAAUGCCAUGGUCCUGCCGUGUCUGAACAGAGCCGAGCAGAACUGGAGCAGAAGAUCGAUGAAGCCAGAGAGAACAUCCGCAAGGCUGAGAUAAUAAAGCUGAAAGCGGAAGCUCGACUUGACCUCCUAAAGCAGAUUGGGGUUUCAGUGGACACGUGGCUGAAAAGUGCAAUGAAUCAAGUGAUGGAGGAACUGGAGAACGAGCGAUGGGCCAGCCUCCCUACUGUUGCUAACAACGGCUCUUCACAUUUGUUAAACGUCGAUGUAGAAAGAGAAGAAGGAGAAGAGCUGGAGGACGGCAUGGAUGGCUUUGAUGACAGCAGUUCCAGUCCUUCUGGCACACUCAGAAAUUAUCCGUUGACCUGCAAAGUUGUGUAUUCCUACCAGGCUUCCCAGCCAGAUGAGUUAACCAUUGAGGAGCAUGAGGUUUUGGAAGUGAUUGAAGAUGGAGAUAUGGAAGAUUGGGUAAAGGCACGAAAUAAAUCCGGACAAGUGGGUUACGUGCCGGAGAAGUACCUGCAGUUCCCCACUUCCAACAGUCUUCUGAGCAUGCUGCAGUCUCUGGCUGCGCUGGACAGCCGGUCUCAUACCUCUAGCAAUUCAACGGAAGCUGAGCUUGUCUCAGGGAGCCUUAAUGGGGACUCCAGCGUCUGUUUUGUAAAAGCACUUUAUGACUACGAGGGCCAGACGGAUGAUGAGCUGUCGUUCCCGGAGGGAGCAAUAAUCCGAAUCUUGAACAAAGAAAACCAGGAUGAUGAUGGAUUCUGGGAAGGCGAAUUCAAUGGGCAUGUCGGAGUUUUCCCCUCCGUCCUUGUCGAAGAGCUCACGGCCUCGGAAAAUGGAGAGUCCCGACUCAUUGCAGAUGUUCAGGUAUCUCCACCUCCAAAGCCCCAGAAUUCUCUGGCGCCACUGCCACUGUACGACCAGCCACCAACCAGCCCUUUUCAUAGUCCUGACAAGAGAGGUUCCCAGUACUUCCCGAGGUCUCCAUCCGCAAAUGAAAACAGCUUCAGUUCACAUUCUCCUGGAUUCUCACAGCCACCACGACCUCUUCCUGAAAGCACCUCAUACGGCAAACUGAGACCAGUACGAGCUGCCCCUCCUCCCCCGACACAACAGCAUCGCAGGCAGCUGGAGAAAAUGGAGGAUGUGGAAAUCACUUUGGUGUGACCGGCAGGACAAACGGUGCGGUCGUGCGAACGUCGAGGAACCCAGAUAUUGGCGGUGUUCGGCCAGCUCUCCUUCUCGAGCACCUUUGCAUGAUGGAAGAGACUUUAGAAGACGGAAGGAAAACUGGAGGAUUUUCCGGAGACGAUUGAUGAUGGGGGGGGCGGUCGGCUCCUGUUCCCACGGUCAUUGAUAUUUUGUGCCUUUUUAUUUGUCGCUGUUCUUUGGUUUCCCUCGAUAACUCUGCCACCCUUCCUCCACGAUCACAAAGUCAACAGAGAAAUGCCUUUGCAGUUGAAUGUCGGCCCUUCUGGUUUCUAGGGGGAAACUCCGGAGAGUUCCCCUCUUCUGGCCCCUUGACGGCGCAUCUUCAGGACGCUUCUUUCCUCCCGAAACAGCCGGACACGACGGCCUGUUGCUCACCAGACCUCUGCAAUCUGUAGCACAGUCAACGUGGCCUACUUCUUUGUCACAUGGAGCGUGUCCUUGACGCCUGGUGAGGAACCAGGGUGUAUUUUUCCGGUGUUACCUGCUGCCGCUGAAAGAAGAAGUCUUACCAGGAAUGCAUUUUUGGGGUGGGUGGGGGUGCUAGCAUGUAGACUGGCCCGAAGUUAGAGCAUACGUUUACCAUGUGCGUUAGUACAGUAUAUUACUGUUGCCAUAGGAAUGUGUUAAAUGUUUUUUUUUCCUAUUCAAGUAACAUUAAUAUCUGAUUAGGUUAUUAAUCAGAAUGUAUGUAACAGAGAAGGGAGCACAUAACUGUUAGGUUUCAAGAGAGGCUGGCUCCUCUCCCUCCCUCCCUCCUCUCUUAUUCCCUCCUCUCUUCUCCUCCAGCAAAAUGGGGAGGGAUAAUUCUACAACCGAGAGAAAGCACCGCACAUCAUAUGGGGUUAAAAACCUCCAUGCACAUCUCUUCCAUAACUGACUGUAAAACCUAAACUUAAUGUUCCUUUGGUCUUUAUGCAGUGCAUUUAGUAAUAGAGUAUCUACUACAAAAGUGCUGACUUCGUAGCAACCACAUGUUUUUCUUAGGAUAAGACUGAAUAAGCGGGAUUUUCUUUGUAGAGCCGGUCAUAGCUGUUCAUUUUCUUUUCAAGCAGUUCCUCCCCCCCCUCCUUUGGUACCUGGGUUGCUUCUUAUCCCAGUGACUGCUGUGUAGUUUCCUCGCUGACAUGAACAGUAUAUCUGCAACCUUGGAACAUCCGGCUAGAGUCGAGAAGUUUGAUGUUUAGAAUAUGGACGUGUGAUGUCUAGCUUUAGCGUCGGAUAGUCCUAGCCCGGUUCUCCAUGCAAAGCUUCACGGCCGGCUCUGACCCCAGGAAACGAAGGCUGGAGGGGGGCAGGAGUUUGAUUUUUCUUUUUGCUUCCGCAGGAGGUUGGACAUGGCACAGGUUUAUUCAAGCCUCCGUUUCCUUUAUUCAGAUGAACAGCCAAGAGAUGAGUGAGGUUGGGUGUGUGUUUUCCAGACGUAUUACCAUACACAGGGCCUCGAGAGACGUGGUCUUUAUGAGCCACAAGAAGGGGUCACCUGUGAGCUCUGCCCUAGUGGCUCAGCCUUAUCACUCAAGGCACAUCCUGUUGAGGGGGUCAUUGGGGAGGAUGACCACGGUUCCUCCAGCCCGAGGUUGUACUCAAAUGCCCUUGCAGCGCUUACCCGUCAUCUUCAGAGGUGGAGGAGAGAGAAUGUUGGGGGAGGGUGUUAAUGAGUCACAAACAACGUCUAAAGCCCAAGUUGUGGGAGCAAUCUCCUUGUGACUUUGGCAAAGAGGCCAUGCCGUUUUGUAAUUGACGAUGGGUCGGCCUGAAGCGGGAGAGAUCAUGAAAUGGCUCUCUCUGGUCUUUGAGCAGCGACCCUUAAAUUGGGGAAAGAGUUGGGGGCAGGGGCAAAAAAAAAUUUUUUUUAAAUGGAAUCCCAUCCCAAAGGGCUGGAACAGGUAAAACCGCCUGGAGAAUUUGUGUUUUAGACCUGUAAUAUUAAAGGAGCUCUUGUGUGUUCAUUUUUCCCCCUGAGCCAAUACAACGUAAUAACCAUUUCUACAUUGAGUGGCCUCCAUCAUCUUUCUCUCCCUCUUUUUUUUUUAAAUUCCAUGGCUUCAUUUUUUGUGAAAGCCUUUGACAAGACCUUCAUCUAAAACUUUGCACAAAUGGUCUCGGCUGGAUCUCUUGAAAUAUAACUCUCAUCUUUUUGCCAAUUUCUGCUUUCCUCACAUUGGCCUAUACAAAACAGAAGAGAAACUGUCUGAAGCAUCCUAGAUUUUUGCCAAAUAUCUGGCAGAUUCCAGUGAACAUUUCUGUAUUGGAGGCAACGCACCCUCGAUCUUGUUGAUCUGUUUGAGGUCCUUUUAAAGUGUUUCGCCAACUUAUUUUUAAGUUUCCUAAAAACAAAAUGUUUUUAGUAGAACUGUACUGCAAACAUAUUUAAAUGCUUCCUUAUGUUUUGCCAAGAAUAUUCACAUGUUCCAUCCAGGUUGGCCAGUUUUUCCUAAAUAAUUGCCCCCCCCUUGGGUUCCCCCAACCUCUCAUAAUUCAAAAACUAUAACUUUAAAAAAAUCUCCUUAGUUAUAUUUUAAAAAUAUUUUCUGUAAGAGCUGCUAAUUUUUAUUUUUAAAAAAAGAAUUGUAAAAAUGCACCUCCUUUUAAACUUCAUACAGGGCAUGCAGUAGAACAUAUCACCAUGUACAGUGUCAAUACACUGAAAGCAAAACCUGGAUGCUUUCUUUUUAUUGGCUGUAAAACUUUGUAUUUAUUAUGUAUAAAAUGUUGAAUAAUAAAAAGUGGCUUUAAAUCA